AUGCAGCCGGGAAAGCAGCAUGCGGCUGCGGCCCGUAGGCGUGCCACGUGGCAGGUGGGGCGAUUCGCCUGCAGAGGCGGCCGAUGGGUGCGGUGGGCGACGCUUCUGCUAAUCCCCAUAGCGUAUCUCCUGACUCUCCGCAUCUACCUCCGCCUGCACCCGGGCGACGCGACCAUCCACGUCAGCGGCGCGGGCCACCACAUGUCGCUGCUGCAUCUGCGCCUCAAUCCCCGCGGAAUGCGCGCGCUCAUCCGCGGACAGGCGGCGGACGUGGGCAGGGGGAACGGGACGGCGGCGGGAGCGGGCGGUAGUGGGGGAAAGGCGGCGCUGGAUGCGCUGAUGGCGGAAGGCGGCGCGGCGGUGAAGGGAAAGGCGGGGGGCGCAAUGGGCGCUCAGAGCGCAAUGGCGCAGCUGGUGGCGGGGGAGGGGGAAGGGAAUCGGACUGGCGCAGGAGGAGGGUGCGGGGGGAGCGGGGGGGAGGAGUUGCGGAUGUGGCGGAGAGAGUGGCUGAAGGAGGGGCGCGCGCGGCGCAGGGGAGCGGAUGCCAUGCGGAGGAGGGGCGAAGGGGGACAGCAAUGGCGGGGAUGGGGGGGAUAUGGCCCCGAAAAUAAGACAGGGGGGUCAUCCGCCCUUUCCCCACUCCCUCCCUCUUCCAACCCCCCCCCACCCCUCCAACCCCACCCCUGGCACCCCUCCACCCUCCCCCUCAUGGCUUCCCGCACCAACUCCCCCCUCUCGCUGUGCCUUCCCUUCCCCCCACUGGCCAUCUGCCUGGUGGGCGAAGCGCGGGAUCAUGCCCCCCCCUCCUCCUUUUCUUCCCCCUUCCCCCCUCCCCACUCGUCCCUUCCCCAACCCCCUCCACGUGUGGCCAUCUGUCUGGUGGGGGGAGCGCGGGAGUUCCACCUGACGGCCCGUUGCAGCGCCACCUGCUAUGCUCCUCCCCUUUGGGGCUGCUCAAGCCGUUCUCCCCCCUGGGCACAUCCCUCCAUCUGCCCACACCUGCCUGCCCUCGCCCUCAUUCCCGCACCCCCCCCCCCCGCCCCUCUCCGUCCCCAGCCCCCUCCACGAGUGGCCAUCUGUCUGGUGGGGGGAGCGCGUGAGUUCCACCUGACAGCGCCCACGCUGCAGCGCCACCUGCUGCCCGCCUACCCCUCGGCACACGUCUUCCUGCUCGCCCCUCUCGACCACUCCGCCCACCGCCUCUCCCUCCUCGCCUGGCCCCACCUCGGCGCCGCGCGCUUGGGGGAACUUGGGGGAAGCGGGGGGGGAGCGGGGGGAGCGGGGGAAGGGGUGGGGGAAGGGAAUGGGCGGUGGGGCGGAGAUUUUCCCGGAUACUCCCUGGUGCAGGUGAGUGUGCUGCCGGACGUGCCGGUGAAUGAGACAAAAAUCACCGACCGGCUGCUGGAAGUGGUGGAGGGGAGCGAGGCGCAGACGCGGCAGGGGCUGAUGCAGCAGUUUAAAGCUGUAGAACUCUGCGUUACCGCCAUCACGCGUUACGAGAAAACCCACGCGAUCCGAUACGAUUGGAUUCUGCGAACCCGCGUGGAUGGGUACUGGAUGGGCCCGCCGCCACCCCUGGCGGUGCUGGAUCCGAUUUCGUACACGAUUCCGGGCGGCAGCGACUGGGGGGGGCUGAACGACCGGCUGGGGAUGGGCGGCAGGAAGGCGAGCUGGAAGGCUCUGAGAAGGCUGAGCGUGCUGCGGCCGCUGGUGGAGCGCGGAGGGUACUCUGAGCUGAACGCGGAAAGAGUUUACCUGGCUCAGAUGGCGUUCCUGCAAGUGCAGGUAGCACGUUAUGACUUCCCCUUCUGCAUCCUCAGCCGCAAGAAGGGCCUCCCAGCCUUCCCCGUCGCCGCCGCCCUCUCCUCCACCUCUGCCGCCCUCAACGGCGCCAAGUGCCGCCCGUGCCGCCCCACUGUGGUCGGCGGGCAGGCCGCAAAAUACAUCCUCGCGCUGCCCGAACGGAUCUUCGGCGCGCAGCCCCACGGGAUCGACCUGUGCCGGGCAGAAGACGACUGGGCGGCAGACUGGCGCGAAAUCUUCGAUAAAGACGCGGGAGAGGUCCCAGCCGCCGCCCGGCAAUACAUGGAAACGCGGACCUUUGACGAGUGCGUGGAAGACUGGCGAUACUUCCACCAGCAAGUCCCUGUCUGGAACGCCCCUCCCCCAGUCUCCAUCUGCGUGCGCGGGCUUCUAGGAAAGUUCCACAAGAUGGGGUACCCGGGGGGGGAUUUCCCUGUGUUUCUAGACCCGUGGGUGGGGGAGCGGGGGGAGGUGAGGGGGAGGAAGCCGGUGGUGUAUUCAGCAGUGGCCGGGGUGGACUACAGCUUUGACUGGGCGCUGAUGCGCAAGCUGCGGUGCCGCGUGCACGCGUUUGACAGCACUCCCGAGGGCAUGCGGUGGAUUGGGGACAAGAUUGACAACCUGCCGCCCGCCUCCUGGGUGCACCAUGCCUGGCUGCUGGCGCCGCACGACCGCCCCCUGCAGAAAGACCCCCCCACUCCACCCCCUCUUCCUGCCGUCCACCCCCAGGUGUACCCACUAGACAUCGAGGAGCACCCUGUAGAAUACGCCGUGACCCCGCCGCCUGGCAUGGACGGCUCGUCGCUGCCGCCGCCCAUCCAGGUGGAGGCGAUGACGGUGGAAGGCACUAUGAAGCUUCUCAACCACUCCAUCGUGGACAUCAUGAGAAUCGGCGGGCACGUGUCGCUGCAUGAAGCAAUCUUUAAGGCGUGGACUCACGCCAAGCGCGCCCCGCCCAUCUGUCAGGUGUGUAAUGGGGUGGGGACUUUUGAGGCGCCUCCAAGGGUGUCGCUGCAUGAAGCAAUCUUUAAGGCGUGGACUCACGCCAAGCGCGCCCCGCCCGUCUGUCAGGUGUGUAAUGGGGUGGGGACUUUUGAGGCGCCUCCAAGGGUGUCGCUGCAUGAAGCAAUCUUCAAGGCGUGGAGUCGUGCCAAGCGCGCCCCGCCCGUCUGUCAGGUGAGCAUGGGAGGGAGGGACUUGUGCUAUGCCUCAAUAGGCGGCCAUGUGUCGCUGCAUGAGGCCAUCUUCCGGGCGUGGAGUCACGUGCACCUCCCGUCUGCCAGGUGUGUAAUGGGCCGGGGACUUAAAGGUGCCGCAAGGGGUGUCGCUGCAUGA